GAUCAGCUGGGAGGAAAGUGACGAGGCCAGGCAAUCUCCUCUCCUCUGCAUCCUUUUUUAUUCUAGAACAAAAAAAAAAUGCCUCUUUUUAUCAACAGGGACCAAAUAUUUGCACAUCAGGUUCAUCUGCUGGAGCACAAAUUGAGGAGUAAAGAGGAGCGAAUACUCGAACUGGAGACGGAGAAUGCUAUCCUUCAUUUAAGACUGUCUGAGAGUUUGGGGAAACUGCGUCGGGACCAUGAAGAGGACACUAAAUGUGAGAGCCAUCAUCAGCUCCAGUCCAACACAGAGAAAAUAACUCAGUCCGCCCUCGUCAAGCUGCUUUCUAACGUCCAGGCUGUGAAGCAGGACCUCAGUGAGCUGUUUGCAGUGUACGCCAGCUUUGCCUCUGAGCUGGAGGAGCAGAGCAAGCAGCUCCUGGAGAAGGUAGAACAAGCCAGCUGCUGCCUGAAUGGUCACCAUGGAGAUGAGUUUCAGAAUUUGCAGGAUCGUGUUGCAGCCCUGGAGCGCUCUCUGGAGGAAGAAAAAGAGAGGUGCAGAUCAGAGAGGCAGAAGAGGAAAGAACUUCACAACAUGCUGGUGGAGCUGAGAGGGAACAUCAGGGUUCACUGCAGGGUUCGUCCAGUUCUAGCCUUCGACCACGUCCAGACCUCUGGAUCAGGGCCUGCAUCAUCAGAGGAAGUAAUCAGUGCAAUCAGUGAUGACACGGUGAUGGUGAACUGCUUGAAGACGGGGAUGCCAGUGCAGAAUAAGAUGUUUGAGUUUGAGAGGGUGCAUGGACCAGACGAUUCACAGAAUGCUGUGUUUGAGGAAGUCAAGUCGCUCCUUACUUCCCUGCUGGAUGGCUAUAAUGUGUGCAUCAUGGCUUACGGGCAGACAGGCAGCGGAAAAACUCACACCAUGAUGGGAUCCCAGCUGGAGCAGCACUCAGGCAUUCAGCAGGAAGCACAGCAGGGAAUCAUCCCCAACGCUGCUGCUGAGCUCUUCCGGCUGCUCUCUGAGAAGCCAGGCGAGAGUCACGCGGUGGAGGUGUCGGUGAUGGAGGUGUACAACAACGAGGUGUUUGACCUGCUCGCCAGAGACGAGCACGGAAACGCCGUGGGCCAGCGCCGGGACGUCAUCACCACCUCCUCCGGCACCAGCCAGGUCACCGGCCUCACAUAUCAGCCUGUGUGUGACGCCUCAGAGGUGAUGCAGAUCAUCAGCAGCGUCCUGAAGCUCAGAGCUCACUGUCCCACCCUCGUCCACACCGACUCGUCUCGCUCUCACCUCAUUGUCACCCUCACCAUUUCCUCCAAGAGCCCCAACGCCCUGGCCCUGGCCCGCAGGCUUCAGAGUGCCAAGAUGGACAUGCAGCGCUCCGCCCAGAGGGAGUGGUGGAGUCCACGCUGUCGCCGUGCCAACCCCUCCGCCCGCCAGCCAUCAUACGAACUCUUUGCAAGCCCCGCCUCCUCUCCAUGCCCCUCCCCAUCCCUUUCCCCAUGCCCCUCCCCCAGACACAGCAUCUCUCAGACGGAGUUCAGGACCAAGCUGCAGCUGGUGGACCUGGCCGGCAGCGAGUGUGUCGGAAUGUCGGGGAUUUCGGGUGCAGCUCUCUGGGAGGUGUCGUGUAUAAAUCGCAGUCUCUCAGCUCUGUCCGAUGUCCUGGGAUCUCUGGCCGAACAGAGGCCUCACGUCCCCUACAGGAACAGCAAACUCACGCAUCUGCUUCAGGACACCAUAGGGGGCGAUGCCAAGCUGCUGGUGAUGUUGUGUGUCUCGCCGACCCAGCGCUUCAUCACUGAGUCCCUGCAGUCUCUAGGUUUUGGCACACGGGCCCGGCAGGUCCAGAAGACGCCCCGAAGGAAAAACCACACCCUCAAAGUGAAGUGAUGGAGCAGAGAGGACUUUAAGCAGAGUGUAGGUACCUGGACUAAACUGAUCUGAAGUAGAACCUGAGAAAGAGAAAGAAAGGGGAUGAAUGGUCUGAUGGUUGAGUUGUCAGAGCUGCAUAUUAGACUGUAUCUGUGGACCUUUGACACGGUCAGGUUCACAGCCUUAAACGGUGUAAUACUAUAAUUACUGGAUGUCUUACCUGAUCGAUUGGGCUGAAUGCCAACUAGUGGGUAUUUUUUUUUUCCAAGUGUAAGUCAAGUUAAAACUCCUUCAAGAUUUUUUAUCUUGUUCCGAAUGGACCUUUAGGGGGUGACCAAGCAGGACAAUGAGUGUAAUCGCUCAGUUAUGUCAAUGAAUCUGUGUUAUGGAGGCAUUUCACUGUUAUUCUGAUCACCUGAUACAGAAAAAUGUCUAUUAUGCUUAAGAAUAUAAAACCCCAUCUAACAAAACUGGCUAAAAAUGUUUUUUUUUUUGUUUGUUUUUUUAUUAAAUAAUCUUAGAUCUUAUCAUUUUGGUGCAGGAGAUUGUCCAAAGAAAUGUUUAAGCAGCUGUAUUCAACUGGAAGUUAGCCUCGUUAUGCUACUCUUCUUAGCAUUUCUAUUUAUUUUGAAGUAGAUCUUGAUAGAAUUGCUGUUUUCUCAAAUGCAGGUUGUUUUUUCUACAAGUCUAACUCAGGGAAUGAUGCAAAUCUUACAUAGCACAUCUACAUCAACUUUAGAACUUAUUUUUAGAAAACACUGUAUUUAGCAUGAAUUCCACCUGUAACAUUCAUUUAGAUCUACACCAGUGUUAACUGUAUAUCUUGCCAGUAGUGGGUAGAACUGUGCUGUUUAAUGCAGAAGCUUUUGAACUACAGUAGUCUUCAUGUAUUCUGCUGUGAAUCCAUUUCCAGUCUGACCUGCCCCUGCUUUGCCUUCUUUUUUUUUUUCUUUUUUUUUUUAGCAUUACUGGGUGCAGCUAUGUUUAUACAGUAUUUAUACGUAUUUAACAUAUUCCUUUUUCUUUGUUUUUUUUUUUGGUAACACAUUACAAAUCUUUUGAAAUACAAAACAAUGUCAAGAUAAUGUGAAAAUAAACAGAUAUGAACGUG